CCGCUCCGCACCCCGCUCCGCACCCCGCUCCGCCGCCCGGCUCGGGAAGAUGCUGAGCAGGUGGAUGAGUGGCAGCAGCAGGAACCUGGACCGCGAGUACAACUGCACCGUGCGGCUGCUGGACGACAGCGAGUACACCUGCACCAUCCAGAGAGAUGCCAAGGGCCAGUACCUCUUCGACCUUCUCUGCCACCACCUGAACCUGCUGGAGAAGGACUACUUUGGCAUUCGCUUUGUGGACCCCGACAAGCAAAGGCAUUGGCUGGAAUUUACCAAGUCAGUUGUCAAGCAAAUGAGGGCCCAACCUCCCUUCACCAUGUGCUUCCGCGUCAAGUUUUACCCCACGGACCCGGCGGCUCUGAAGGAGGAGAUCACCAGGUAUUUAGUCUUCCUGCAGAUCAAAAGGGAUCUCUACCACGGACGUCUCCUCUGCAAGACGUCGGAUGCUGCUUUGCUGGCCGCCUAUAUCCUUCAGGCUGAGAUCGGGGACUACGAUCCAGGGAAGCACCCAGAAGGCUACAGCUCCAAGUUCCAGUUCUUCCCCAAGCACUCGGAGAAGCUGGAGAGGAAAAUUGCAGAGAUCCACAAGUCAGAGCUGAGUGGGCAGACACCAGCUACUUCAGAGCUGAAUUUUCUCAGGAAAGCCCAGACUCUCGAGACCUAUGGGGUUGACCCACACCCUUGCAAGGAUGUGUCGGGGAACGCAGCGUUUUUGGCCUUCACUCCCUUCGGUUUUGUUGUUCUGCAGGGAAACAAGAGAGUUCACUUCAUCAAGUGGAAUGAGGUGACCAAAAUGAAGUUUGAAGGGAAGACUUUCUAUUUGUACGUAAGUCAGAAAGAGGAGAAGAAAAUCAUUCUCACCUACUUCGCCCCGACACCCGAAGCCUGCAAGCACCUCUGGAAGUGUGGCAUAGAGAACCAGGCCUUCUACAAGUUGGAGAAGUCCAGCCAGGUCCGGACGGUCUCCAGCAGCAACUUGUUCUUCAAGGGAAGCCGGUUCCGAUACAGCGGCCGCGUGGCAAAGGAGGUGAUGGAGUCCAGCGCCAAGAUCAAGAGGGAGCCCCCCGAGAUUCACCGGGCAGGGCUGGUGCCGAGCAGGAGCUGCCCCUCCAUCACCCACGGCCCCCGCCUGAGCAGCGUGCCCCGCACCCGCAGGAGAGCCGUGCACAUCUCCAUCAUGGAAGGUCUGGAGUCUCUGCGGGACAGUGCCCACUCCACCCCGGUGCGCUCGACCUCCCACGGCGACGCCUUCGCCAGCCGGAGCGGCCGCGCCGAGAGCAGCGAGCGCGUGGCCGUCAUCGCCGACGAGAACUACAGCCCCGCGGACAGCGUGCUGCCCACCCCAGUGGCCGAGCACAGCCUGGAGCUGAUGCUGCUCUCCCGACAGGCCAACGGGGCCCCGUGCAGCAUCGAGGAGGAGAAGGAGUCGGAGGCCGGCACGCCGGCGGCGGCCGAGGAGGCGGGUGGAGAGCUGCGGGCCCUGUGCCCGGGCACCGGCAGCCUGGGGGCGGCGCAGGCCGAACAGGUGAAUAAGUUUCUUUUAAGUGUUCUCCGUUUGCUCCUUGUGACAUUUGGACUCCUCUUUGUUUUGCUCCUCCUCCUCAUCGUCCUUACCGAGUCCGACCUUGACACUGCCUUUUUCCGCGAUAUCCGCCAGACCCCUGAGUUCGAGCAGUUCCAUUACCAAUACUUUUGUCCCCUCAGGCGAUGGUUUGCCUGCAAAGUCCGCGCUGUGGUAAGCCUGCUCAUUGACACCUGAAGGCAGGAGGCGGCACCUAACUAGCCGGGGGCCUGGGGAGAGACCUGCCGCCCUGGGCGCACACACUAACCCUCCCUUCCCGACCCAGAGCGCACGCGGCCCAGGAGGCAUCCCGGGAGGAAGGGGGGUGGGCGCAGCCCCGCAGCCUCCUCUUCCCCGUGCUCCCAGCCCCGGAGCCCACACAGCUCUUUACCAGUUGGAUUCUCGCCGACGUGCACGUGACUUCGGAAGCACGGAGUAACAAGAGGAGUUGAUUUUACUCUUGCCCCACCCCUCCCUUCAUUGUAUGAGCAUCAGCCGGGAGGCUGGCGGUGCCAUCUUAUGCAGGAGCUUCAGCAAUGGUGCUACUGAGUAUUAAUUUAACCACUCGUGUACUCUUACAUUAUGAAAUCCGCCACUGUGCACCCACCACCUGUCCUGCUUUGCAGCCAUCCCUCCCGGGGCCUGCGCGGGGCCGUGCCCGGGGGACGCGGUGGGAUGGCCCCGGCUCACCCCCCGGCCCGGCAGAGGGGCAGCCCUGGCCCCUGGCUGCAGACUCGACCCUUCCUCACUUCUUUUUCUUCUAAGCCUUCAAGUGUGGUCGGUGCUCCCGAGGGCAGGGAGGGGACACCAGGCACCUCAGCCCCACCUGGGCACACCCCUAGUGACCCAGUUGGAUUUAUCAGGCAGACCUUCAGCCUCCAAAAGGUGUACCUGCUUUGUACAAAAAAACCCCACCAAAAACUAAAACUGUUCCAAGGUCUAUUUUAACAACAAAAAAGCUAUUUUGUUAUCAAAUCUAAUCAAGUCUUUUUUUACUUCGUGGAUUGGGUGACCGCGGAGCCGAGCGGGUCACGGUGAGCAAAUGGUUUCAGAGGAAACACUUCUGUAGCCUGGAAGCCUAACACUGGAUUAACCCCGUGCUAGUUUUGGGAUAGAAAAAGGAGCUCUGAUUUAGUGACUUGUCUGAAGAUAGAAAGGACAGAACAACAGGAGUGGAGGUGACACUGAACAAGCCAAUGAACAACCAAUAGAUUGACCUGUUCUUGAGAAAAAAUUAAUAAAACCAACUCAUGGUACACGUGACAUAACCGGGACCUUCAGUGACCUGGGAAGCAGCCGCCUAUUCCCACAGGGAGCAAUAAAAGCCAGUUCUGUUAAGUUUGGGUAGAGAAGUUGGAUGUAUUUGACAAAAAAAAAAAAAAAAAAAAAAAAAAAGGUGAAAACAGGUGAGCAAGUUUUAUUUCAUCUCAGGGAGAGAUUUUACGUAAGCUGGGGCCAUAACUGCAGUUUUACAAAGCCUGAUUUCCGUGUUCUUGUCUCUGAGCAUCCCACCCGCAGCAGGGCAGGAAGGAGCUCCUCCUGGCGAAGGAGCGCGACGAUGACUUGGGUUGAUCCACCGCCACGUCGCCCGGACACGGAGCCUUUGUCACGGCAAUAAAGAGAGAGGCCCCCUUCACUAGUGCCCGUCGGGGAGGGGGACAAAGCCCCACGCCCUCGUGUCCCACCGCCCACUCACAGCACAAGGGCCGAGGAGGGUCUCGCGCAGCCCCCGGGCAGGCGGGCGGCGCCGGGAGGAUGGAUUUUAACACCACAUCCUGUUUUAUGCAACAUAGCGAGAGUAACUCUUAGUGUAGUUGUUCCUACCUCAGCCCGUAGUUCAUGGUGUCUCUAUGCAGUGCGUGGUAAGUCCCAAACCUGCCGUUUCUCACCCCGGGCUGACGCUGCUGUGUUCCCUCCUCCUCACCCCGAUGUGCUGCGUGGUCCUAACGGCAGAGCCCCCCAGCGUGGGACACGGUCCUGCCCAGACCCUUCACCAUCAGCUUCUCUAGAGUAGCGACCAGCACCAGCCCUACUUCACCUCUGCAGUUCCCACCCAGCGUUUUACUGCAAAAACCACAAGAACUGGUGAUUUUUUCAUGGUCUGUUUUUUCCUGUACGUUCCAUCUUAAAUCUUGUGUUUCACGACCCGUUAGUUUUACCUUGUCUUUAUAUUAAAAUGUUGUUUCCAUAGGUUCUUGUAUCAGAACAAGAAGGAACUCUCACACUAGCGUACUGCAUCUCUAAGCAGUAGAUGGUAAAAUACCUGAAAAUGUGAAUUUCUUAGUUUUCAUAAAGAAAAAAACCCUAGAAAUUAACCUUUCAUGUGCCAAAUACUGUAAGUUACAUUUUUUCCUUCGACGUGUACCUUUUUCUACAUAUUCAAUACCUUAGUUAGCAUAAAAUCAUUGGUGCCAUGAGAAGUAUUUUUAAAUUUAAAUAAAUAUUUAAAUAUCAUGAAAA